AUGGUUACAAGUGAUGCUGAAAAAUUUUAUUUAAAAGUGGAGAAAGGGCGAAAGCCUCGCAUAAAAUUAUUCGAAGAAUUACGUAAUGCGCUGGUGACAGUACCAUACGAUCAAUCAAUUAAAUGGCCACCAAUACGUGUGCAAAUGAAUGGUGGCAUAACAAUUAUUGUUCAGCGAUUAGAACAGCAGUAUAAAAUUACCGUUCAACAUGUUAUGGAACGCAAACCGGAUAUAUGUGUUUAUGUUAAUGCUUUAACACAUGAACGUGAUAUCCGAACGUGUGUUCGUGAUGUCAAUACUCAACUAAAUCACAUAGGUGUUGCAGGCCCUAAUCUUGAGGUAACUGGUCGUGUCAAAGCCAUUAAAGCAACAUUUGAAUCAACUGUUGGAGCAUUGCACACCAAUUCGAAAUUGUCCGCUCGUAGUAUUAUCCUUAAAGCUCAACACAUUUUCAUUAAACCGGAAGCUUUGUUUACAUGUUCAAAAUUACGGAUGAUAUCACGACGUGUUCAAAUUGAUGGUCGAAUUUGUUGUUCGGACGAAAUGCCAUCCAAAAUGUCUGUUUUCAUUGAUUCCGCUUUGUUACAUAUCGGCGUUGAUGGUACAAUUGGUACGACACGCUCAUCUGCCGAUAAAUUUAUGUCUAAAUUAUCGGAAAAUCUUGUAAGUGUGCUUUAUUUUCGUCUAACCGGCUGCUUGGCCAAUUUUGGGUCUAUCGCUUCCCAGAACGAAAUGGAAUUUCAUAUAGACGGGAGUGUCUUAUCAUUGCAAGAUAGCCGAAUUGAUAGCGCUUCCAGAGGAUAUGCAGCUUUAAAACAAAUCAAAGGUAUCAGUAGCGAAGCAUCCGACUCAUUACCAACAAGUAGUAUUCUCAGUUCAGCAAUUUUAUACGAAAAACCGGAUACGGUUGCUCAAUUGCUAGAAGAUGGCGUGGAUUUAAAUGAUUCUAUCAAGAUAAAUAAUAUUGAUAAUGAUACGCCAAGAAAGAUAGCUGUCAGAAAAUAUAAGGCUAUACAUGCAUCAGAAAGACGAAAUAAAAGGCGUGAAAAGAUAACACUAAUCCAAGCUCUUAUCAGUACGCAUGAUUGGAAACGCGGAAUUAUCACUUCUAAUAAUAUUAAUGCUAAGAUUGGACGAGAUUGUGCCGAUUGUGCGCAAUUUCGAAGUAGUACAUUGGCGCUGACAGUUUAUGGGAAUGCAAAGUGUGAAGCAAAAUCAAUUUGGACCGGUGGUUCGGUUACGGUAGUGGUGGGCCAUGAUUUGAUUAUCGAAGGGCAAGUAAAGCAUGUAAAUUUGGAUGUAUCGUGUGGAGGUAAUGUGGCUAGCACUGAAGAAGCCAUAAUUAGCCAAGAGCAAUGUGCUAAGAUAGUUUCUUCCGCACUUUGUGUUGCCGGAAUUUGGUCAGUGGGUGAGCAGUUUGGUUUAGAUGUCAAAUCGGCUACAUUUUUGGAAGAAUCAUAUGUGGAAGUUGAUUUUUUUGAAGGAACAAUCAGUGAAUGUUGUUACAAUUCCGGGACUUGGCAAGCUCGUUUCAUAUCAUUAAUAAUCCGUGGUGAUUUGUUUACUUUGCAUACCGGAAAAGUUUUUGUUGAGGAAGCAACAGUCAUUGAAGCGCUAUCGUUCAAUAAUUGUGGUUUAUGGAAAAUUAAGGAAGCAAUUAAAAUUAUCCUUAAGGGAUCAGCAAAUUUUUAUGCUUCGUCAAAAUUUAACGCUAAUUUGUUAAAACUAAUAGCUGAAGGGCAAUGUACUAUUGGUGGGCACUUGUCAUUGGAGAAUUUAUUAGUCUAUGUUCGUAAUGAUAUGAUAACUGCACCUGUUGCACGAGUUAAUGUAGCUGUAGGCGCAACUGUCGUAGUAGGAACAUUCCGUAAUGAUUCUUCAUGGUAUCUUGAUGGAAAUUUGCACUUGCAUGUUGCAUGUUUUGAGCAAUCCGAAGAUGCCCUUAUUUUUGUGAAAGAUACUUUUACGAUGGUAGUUUAUGACCUGUCAGAAGAGCAUUGUCAGGGACGAAUUGUCGCUAAUUACUUAAUUAUGAAUUUGGCGAAAAGGGUCCGUUUUGACGGUUAUAUUCGGGUGAAUCAAAUCGAAAUUUGCGUACCGCACGUAAAUGAAUCGAGGGUAAUAGUGGGUGGACAGCUUGAAGUACUCGAUGGGCCAUUAGUUAUAAAAGGACGAAGUUCCGAAAUUCCUUUAUCUUUAUCGUCAUCGGCAAUAUCAUCUGUUGCAAUGCAUUCCUAUCCGGCAUUUAUUCUGGAAGGACAAUUGAAAGCGGAAGCUGUUAUAGCACCCUUUCUAGCUAUUCUAUUCUCAACAUCAUCCUAUUCCUUACUUUCCGGAAUGAAUUCUGUAUCAGAGGAUGCUACAUAUCGUACUCUAAUAUCAUGCAAUUCGUUGCAUACCCAACGAACUUCAUUGAUCGAUUCCAUUCCUGAGGGCUUAUUUCCGGAGGGCAUCUUAUGUGCUACAACAUGGCUUCAUGAGGGACAAAUUCGAUUUAAAGGUGAUAAAGUGUAUAUUAUCACUGAUGAAUUGAUCAAUCGUGGCCGGUUAACCAGUGGUGAUAGGUUGCAAAAUCACAUGCGUGAAGUGGUUGUAGUGGUGGAGAACUUCUUCCGGAAUGAUGCCGUAUUUUCAGCUGAUCGCAUUGAAAUUCGUGGAAAUGGUGAACUGCAAAAUACGAAUCGUAUCUUUGCUAAUGAUGAGAUGAACAUACGAUUGGCAAAUUUCCGUAGCGAAUUCGGACAGACACAACUGGAGGGUCAGAAAUUGCUAUCAGCGAGUAAUGGAUGUACCCAUAUGGGAGGUCAUAUUGAAGCUGGUGGGAAUUUCGAUAUUUCAGGAUCGAGAAGUUGCAUGGCACUGCAUAAGUAUGGACCCGAACAACAAGUUCGAAUAAGUGCUCGAUCCCGAUUACUCAUUGAUAACGAUAUCAUCGAUGGUCGCAGUAAUAUCGCAUUGUCAUCUCGGGAUGCGAUCCUCUUCAAAUCACGUAUAAUCCUCAAUUUACUAGAACUAACUCUUGGGGCGGCUUAUAUUACAGAGAUUGUGGUAAAAAGUGGUGCUUCGGUAACCGUUAAUCAAUUACGAAUUACGGGAAGUUGUAAGUAUCUUACUUUAAUUAUCGACGGUGAAUUAUCCUGUGAAUCGAUGAUUAUCGAUGCAAGAAUUCGGCAAGUUAAAGUAGUUGGUGGUGGGAUAUUGUGCUGUCGGAAGUCAUGUAACGUGGGCGGUGAUACGAUAACCUUAAUGACCCGUGAUAUCCGUGUCACUGAGCUAAUAGGUUCAGCGAUAACGAUAGCUUCAGAUGGUGCGCUUAGUUUGUCACCUUUUGAUUCCAACCUCAAGACGGUAUCUAUUUAUGCGGAUAGCUGCCAUUUGCGAGGAAGAAUAUUCGUCGAGCAUAAAAUUAUCUUGAAAAUUAGCGAUGGAACAUGUCAUAUUAGCGGUGAAAUCCUUGGAACCUGCGCAAACAGUGAAUUAUCAGUGGAGUGCGGUGAUUUGGUGUUAACUGGAACAGUGGCAAAUUUGGAUUUCCUGGAAAGUUACACACGCACAAAAGUUAAACAUUAUGAAACAGGGAUAAUUAAAAGUGUGAAAAAUAUCGUUUUUGAAGCGGAAUUCAUUUCGUUAGAUGGUAAAAUUAUGAAUUCGGAAUCUGUAAUUGCUACAGGCGAAGAAGUGAACAUUGAAGGAAUUUUUCAGAAUCAAGAAAGUGCAAAUGUUUCUUACUCGAUAUUUGGUAAAAAAAUAUUUUUUGACGGAGAGAUACAUGGGCUGACACGAUUGGAAUUGAAUGGAUCAGAAAUUACUUUUUCCGGAAUUUCAAGCGGUUUGAAAUUUCUUGAUAUUGAUGCAAAUUUAGCUACUGUCACACCACGAGGAUUGAAAUGUGAAAUUUUCAACUUUAUCGCUUAUUCCGCAAUUUUAGAUGGUAAUUUGAAUAUCGAGAAUUUCAAAGUAACUGUACAGGUAGCCUUAUUUAUACGAAGCGAUCUAACUGGUUGUGUACAGUGCAAGCUUGUUGCUCCACUAAUUCUUGCUCUAAAUUGUCCCUUGUCGUCUAACAUGGAUAUUUGUUCCCUCAUUUAUACUUUUGAACGGUUUGAAUUCUUAAAAUCCGAAAAGCUUCCCAAACUGCUUAAUUCAGAAGAACAAUUUGCACCGAUAUCUGUUUGGUCAAUCCACAAAAAUAGAGAAAUUUUUAGCUCUGAGCAAUUUCUUGACAGCAGUAGCUGCACUACAAGCGGAAGUUUCAUUGAAAUUUCCUUUCAUUCUGACAUUAUUAAUCAUUAUACGCUAAAAGAAUAUGAUUUAUGGAAGAAAACUAUAAAAAUAAUCGGUGAAUGCUUUAAAAAUUCGCAUACGACUUAUAAUGAACUUGAAGAAGCGCUGAAACGAACGGAUCAAAUGAGACCGAUUGGUGUUUCUCUGCCAACUACCAGUUCUCUCUAUUUGACCCUUUUGAAACUUUUAAAUGAAAUACAUAUUGAGCAUGUGCUAAUGCGCAAUUUUGCUGAAUUAUUCCAUCUUAUGUGUAAUAUUGUUGAUAUUGAAGACAACGACGAAAUCAAAAAUUCUGAAAUAUCUAUCAAAAAACGAGAAAGAUUCGAAUCAGAAGCAUUGCACGAGAUAGUUAAUCGAUUCCGGAUUCGAUCGCCUAAAUUUGAAUUAGAACGAGGUGAAAAUCAUUCGGCUGAGGAUGACAUUGGCUACGUGAGUCGUAGUUCCAGCGAAGAAAUGGACGAAAAGCGUCGAAAUAUCAGCGAUCCGCGGGAUGUGCUCUAUCACAUAAAUUUUGAUAAUGAAUCGCUUAUAUCAACGUCAAAAGUGACAAUUAGUGAUGAAGAUGUUUGCAUGGAUAAUGGUACAAUAACAGAUGACGAAUUGCGUAAUAACGAAACGUUAAAUGAUGAUACACGUAAAAGUGAAAAAGCUGAAAACAGUUAUAAUACAACAUAUGUUUUGAACGGUGAACGACGAAUACCAAUUGGUUAUGUUGAUUUCAAUCGAUUGGAUAUUGUUAUAACGAAACCAGAAUCCUUGACCCGCCGAAAAAAUCCCUGCGGUGCCGAUUUAGCCUUCAAGAAAAUACAGGUAAAAGCAACCUUACCAACGUUAGAAUUACGUCUUUUCGGUAGUGAAUCAUCGCUGGCAUCAUUUGAUGAAAAAGCGUUAAUGCAUUCCAUUCUCACGCCAGUGAAACGAUCACUUAUUCCACGUGCUGCUAUUCCAGCCAAAGGUAAUAGCGCCGCAAAAAAAUCAUGUACCAUUAUUACUUAUAAUACAUAA